GAAGGGUUAAUAACAGUUGUUUUAGAACCUAUAACCUGUGCAUCUUUCAGCAACAUUUGUUCAAACUCUUAACUUCAAAGAACUGCGCUCGUUUUACUAGGCUUGCCUUUAUUCAGGACACGUACUUGAAAAUGCUCACAUCUAAGCAGCCUGCCAGGCAUGUUAACUUUAGCCAGCGGUGUAGGGCAUCGCAGCUGCGCAUGUCAGGUCGAAAGUCCCUUCGCGUGACUGCUAGCAGCAGCCAGGCGAUUAUUAAGGUAUUCGGAGUGGGUGGCGGUGGCUCAAACGCAGUUAACAACAUGGUCAACAGCGAUGUCCAAGGAGUAGAAUUUUGGAUUGCAAACACAGAUGCACAGGCCUUGGCGGUUUCUCCGGUUGCCGGCAACCAUAAAGUGCAGAUUGGCUCCAAGCUCACACGCGGCCUGGGUGCGGGUGGCAACCCUGAAAUCGGCGCGAAAGCUGCACUGGAGAGCCGGGAGGCCAUCACGGAAGCCCUGCGGAACACCGACAUGGUCUUUGUAACGGCUGGCAUGGGUGGGGGCACGGGCAGUGGUGCGGCACCUAUUGUCGAGCAGCAGGCUCGCGAGAUGGGCAUCCUGACCGUUGGCAUUGUCACCACGCCCUUCACAUUUGAGGGGAGGCAACGCGCCCAGCAGGCUCGCAGCGCGCUGGCCAACCUGCGCUCAGCCGUUGACACGCUGAUCGUCAUCCCCAACGACCGCCUGCUGUCAGCCAUGGACAGCAACGUGCCCAUCAAGGACGCAUUCAAGAUUGCGGACGACGUCCUGCGCCAGGGCGUCAAGGGCAUCAGCGAAAUCAUUACGGUCCCCGGUCUGGUCAAUGUUGACUUUGCGGACGUGCGCACCAUCAUGUCCGGGGCGGGGUCCUCGCUGAUGGGGCAGGGGUAUGGAUCCGGCCCCUCCCGCGCGCAAGAGGCUGCUCUGCGCGCCAUCUCCUCUCCGCUGCUGGAGGUCGGCAUCGACCGCGCCACCGGCGUAGUGUGGAACAUCACCGGCCCGCCCAACAUGACCCUGCAUGAGGUCAACGAGGCUGCGGAGAUCAUAUACGACAUGGUGGACCCCAACGCCAACCUCAUCUUUGGCGCCGUGGUGGACAGCACCCUGCCGGAGGACACCGUCUCCAUCACCAUCAUCGCAACCGGCUUUGGCCAGCUGGAGCCCGAGCUGGGGGCGCUGGGGGGCGCUCGUGCCGCAGGUCGGCCGGCGGCGGCAGCAGCGGCUGUGUCGUCGUCGCCGCCGGCUGAGCAGGGCGCUCCGCAGCAGGUGUCGUCCGAGCAUGCGCGAGUUGCUCCGGCACCGCAGGUUGGCGGUGCUGGCGCUGUGCGCCUGCCCGGUGCUAGCGAGACGACGUCUGGCGGGGUGGAGAUUCCUGCCUUCCUGCGCCGCCGUCGCUUGCAGGGCAAGUGAGGUGUGGGAAGAAAUGAUGGUGUUGUGGCGCCGCACGCAUGGCUUGGGUGUUCAUUGGCUGCGAUGUAGGCUUGUGACUAGGCUACGAAGGUCUGGGUUGGGGUGGGGCCGGUGGGACGCGUACAGGAAAGGUUGCCAGGCAAUGGGCUCUGUGACUCAGUACAGGAAUAUAGCGGUCUUGGAAACUUAGAGUGAAGGGAAUAGUCGGGGGCAGCAGUAUUUGCUUGGCUUGAGCAGCCUGCCGACAUGAGCAAGCGUUGCAUCGGCGACCAGGGUUCGCAAGGCCAUUAUUGGGGUAUUUAUGCCCUUCCCCGCAUUCCUCGUAGCGCCGGGUGGACAUCAUUCACCUAGUGAUCCAACACGGCAGUGCAUGUAUCAUAUCUAGUACCGGUAAUCAGGAAUGUACGGUGGAAAGGCUGGAUUGUCAUGUGUAACGUUGGCUGGCCAAGGGGCCCUACUGCGAUGCCAUGCUAUGUUCCCCCGGGCUUGACUUAACGCUUGGAGGUCGAGUUGUAGAGUGACUGUACUGUAUGUUUGGUGGCGAACCUUCCGUUGGCAUUUUGCAUGUGCGGGUGCUGACAGCCCAUGCAGGCUCUAGUGUGUCAAACCAAUGUAACUGGUACAUACCGCC